UGGAGAAUCCCAUGGACAGAGAAGCCUGGAGGGCUACAGUCCACAGGGUCGCAAAGAGUUGGAUAUGACUGAAGCAACUGAGCAUGCACACACAUUGCUUUUUUGCAAGGGGGCGGGAUCCAUGUGGUGAGCCGUUUGGGCUACAGAAGAGGAAGACUGGAGUCGGGAAAUAUGAAGACAGUUUCUCUCUAGAAAGACUCAGGAGCUGUCAAUCUCCCUGUACCUUCAGGGUGCUGGAGACAGCGAGAUCCCAUCUCUUCCCCAACUUAUGCAGUGAGGUGGAUGGCUUGAAAUCAUCCCUGCUGGACACAUACACCUGAGAAUUAGGCCAGCGCUACAAGUCAGAAGCACACCUUUGGAGAUUCUUCUGUCAGCACCCACUGCCAAGAUCUGUGUCACCCCACUGUUUCAGGUCCAGUCACCCCCAAGCUCAGUCCAACUCUAAUCCACCUGGUCACUAUUCCUAGGUUGAUCUUAAUAAGACAAAUCUGACACUGUCACCCUCUGAUUCAGUUUCCUUUUAGAUAAAUGCCCUGCUCCUUGGAGAGGAAUUAAAAGUCCUUCCUUCUCUGACUCCUGCUCAACUUUUCAACCACUUCUAUCAGGCAGACUCAUGGGGCUCAGGGGUGGAGAAGGACACAGUUUGUAUUUUAUCCCCCGCUGAGUAGGAAAGACCCGCCCCACCUUAAACAACCCAGGUUUGGGCUGGGACCUAAAUGGAGCAGCCUGCACAGUUCCUGAAACGCAGUUCUGAGUCAUCUCAAGUCCUGUUUGGGUGAAGUUACCUGGGGCUGCAGUGCCCUUGACCUUGGUGCCCAGCAGAAGCACCAUCUCUGGUCCGGGAAGAUCCCACAUAUCGCAGAGCAACUAAGCCCGCGCACCACGACUACUGAGCUAGAGCCCAGGAGUGGCAGCUGCUGAAGCCUGUGUGCCCUAAAGCCCGUGCUCUGCAAUCAGAGAAGCCACCGCCAUGGGAACCCCAUGCCUCACAACUAGAGAGUAGCCCCUGCCCUCUGCAACUAAAGAAAAACCCACUCAGCAACGAAGACCCAGCUCAGCCAAAAAUAAAUACAUACAUCAUUUUUUAAAACAUUCUAUUUUAACCAUAUUUAACUGUAUAUUUCAGUAGCACUAAGUAUAUUCAUUCCAAAAAAAUUUCCCAUGCUUCAUCACAGUCAACACCCUCCUUAGACCCCCUGCUCCAGACAACUGAGAAUCUUAUCAUUAUAGUUUUACCUUUUCUCAAAUUUUAUAUACAUGAAAUGAUACAGUACAUGGUAUUUUGUACUUUUUUCAUUCAUCGCCAAGUUUUGGAGAUUCAUCCAUAUUGUUGCAUGUAUCAAUAUUUUGCUUCUUUUUAUCGCCCAGCAGUGUAUCAGAGGAUAGGGCUUCCCAUGUGGCUGCAUGGAAAGGAACCCACCUGCCAAUGUAGGAGACACGACUUCGAUCCCUGGGUCAGGAAGAUCCGCUGGAGAAGGAAAUGAAACAGCCUGCCACCCCCUGGGAAAGAGACCCUGCGAGAUGCAAGCCUUCAGGAUCUGGGAUGUCAACCAGAAGAUCUUCUACCUGAGGAAUAACCAACUAGUUGCUGGAUACUUGCAAGAAGCAAAUAUUAAAUUAGAGGAGAAGAUAGAUGUGGUACCCAUCGAACCUCAUACUAUGUUCCUGGGGAUCCAUGGGGGGAAGCUGUGCCUGGCCUGCAUCAAAUCUGGAGAUGAGAUCAAGCUCAAGUUAGAGGCUGUGAACAUCACCGACUUGAACCAGAACAGGGAGCAGGACAAGCGCUUCGCCUUCAUCCGCUCUGACAACGGCCCCACCACCAGCUUCGAGUCGGCUGCCUGCCCCGGCUGGUUCCUCUGCACAUCACUGGAGGCCGACCAGCCCGUGGGCCUCACCAAUACGCCCACAGAGGCCAUCAAGGUCACCAGGUUCUACUUACAGCAGGACUAGUCAUGGUGCUCAGCCUUUCCUGUCCCCAGUCCCAGCAUGUCCAUGACUCCAGAGAUGCCUGUCCACCCUGCUCAGGGUCUCCUGGGUGUUGUGGGGCUCAGCAGGUGGCCUUGGCUGGGGGGACCUUCAGAAGGAGGUACAAGAGCCCUGGGAACAAGACCCAGUCUCCAACCUCCUCUGUUCACCCAGCCUCCCUCCACAAGGUCUUUCUAAAGUGCAGAUGGAACCCCAGCCCUACUCAAAGCCUUCAGGGUGGCCUGUGUCUUCAGGGUAAAGUCCACACCCUGUGGCCAGCUCCAGUUCUGCCUCCUUUCUCACCGCAGAUCCCCAGGCACUCACUUCCCUCCCGCUAAGCGGCUUCCAUUUCUUGUUUUGCAAAAUGGUGCUACUCCAGGGGCAAGAUUUUUAGGGUCUGUAGCAAAAUGGGGUCACUGAGGGUCAGACACGACUGAGCGACUUCACUUUCAAUUUUCACUUUCAUGCAUUGGAGAAGGCAAUGGCAACCCACUCCGGUGUUCUUGCCUGGAGAAUCCCAGGGACAGGGGAGCUUAGUGGGCUGCCGUCUAUGGGGUCACACAGAGUCGGACAUGACUGAAGCGACUUAGCAGCAGCAGCAGCAGAAUGGGAAAUAAGGAUUUCCUGGUAUCUUUUUCUUAAAAAAAAAAAAAAAAUUCUUAGUAUCUUUUUGUUAAAUUAAACCAACUUUGAAAGAGAGUCUUUUAUUUGGAAAUGAUGUCCUUUCUGUAAAGGAGUAGAAUAUCAAAAUAGUCCCAUGUUUAGGAAGUGAUGUUGAAAGCAGGUGAUAGCGUUUCCUUUUUUAAUCUCUUAUUUUUGUGAUGCCCUAACCUGUACCUGGGUUGGGAAUAUCCCCUGGAGAAGGGAAUGGCAGCCCACUCCACUCUUCUUGUCUGGAAAUUUCCAUGGACAGAGGAGCCUGGUGGGCUAUAGUCCGUGUGGUCGCCAAGAGUCGGAUACGACUGAGCAAUUAAUGCUUUCACUUUUCAACCUGUAACAAUGAAAAGUUAGCAUAAUGCGUAGGUCUCCUAGUUUUUGUUUUUUUCUGGAAUGUUCCAUGAAGUCUAGAACCUCUGGCCCAGGCCCUGAGCACGCCCCCCACUCCAGACCUCCUGCAGCUUCCCUCCACAACCCUUUCAUCAAAAGUCCCCCCGGUCCCAAGACGCCACACAAAUGUGACUUCUCCUGACCUCCCGGGAGGGAUGAGUCGCUCCCGGACUAUUUUAGCACUUCUGAUUCCCUGAGACUUGUUUGGAAGAUGUGCCCCUGUCUGUCUCCUCACCAGCCUGUGAGCCCCUGGGAGCAGUGACUGUGACCUCCCCCGUCUCUGGUCUUCCCUGGGGCCGAGCACACAGCCUGGCCUCAGCAGGUGCUCAGGGAAUGUGUGUUGCAUGUGUUGAGUGGAAAGUGUCCUGUUCUCUGUGACUUAAGCUUUGUUUUAUGAUAAAAACUUGAAACCUCA